UCUGAAAAAGACGAGACGCGAAAAAUCUGUUUUGUUUGUAGAGAACAAAAACCAAAGAAAUACGAUCAAGAAUAUGGAGAUUGAAAUAUGUAAAGCAAGGGACGCUUUGCGAGCAGAGGAAUGCAAGUUUCUUCAUCUGAAUGAAAAGCUUAAAACAAAAACGAAAGAAAGACAUGAAUCUAAGGCCAAAGAACAGAGACUCUCCGAGAAUGUGCACAUUCUUCGUUUCAAGCUGCAGAGAGAAAUUUCCAAGCGAAAACUUCUGGAAGAAAGAAUCAAAAUAGCCUCACGGGAACGGCCGUUUCUUGGAGUUCUCAGCCAACGAUUGAAUCAAGUAAUAAACACAUUGAGGCGAACACUGGGAAGUAGACGGAAUUCAGUGCGAGACGAAAAUCAUAGCACCUAACAUCUUCUCUCUUGUCUUCUUUUAUUGCUAUUACUGACUUGGAACGUUCAUUACAUACAAAAUAACUCCAAGUUUAUGACUGAAUUUUAAACCUCAUGAUUCUUCUCGCUAAGCCGCCAAGACAUAUCUUACAAAAAGUAAUCUGGCAAUGCGUAGAAGGGCUAGCGCUUAUCAUCUUCUUUGUUUAAUUAUUAGAUAUUUUAAUUAAAACAGGAGCACAUUAAGAAUGAUAUUCAGCAUUAGCUGAUCUGGGUGGGUAGCGUCAAUUCUGUUAAUUAUUUCUAUCAAUUUCAAGAAGUUAUUGCAAUUAUUCUUAUUUUUUUUUGAAAUUUCAUUGAAAAAUAAAAAGCUAUGCUAUUAAAAUA